UACACUCAUACGCACAAUAUAUAUCUCAUAUAUAUAUAUACAUAUAUAUCAGCGGCUGUGAUUACUAACCUCCGAUCAUACGUCACAUAACAAUGACCAUGAUUACUCCUCAACCGCUGGAUCAAGGGGAAGAAGAAGAAAUGCUUGUUCCACACACUGAGCUAGUGGAAGGCCCUGUUGCUUUGGAUGGUACUCCACCUGUUGAAUUCCCACGGCCUAUGGAAGUCGAUUCUCAAGCAGAAGUUGUUAGCACGGCCGAGAAUCAAGUAGCUGAUGAACCACAGGCAAGCAGGUUUACUUGGAAAAUUGAGAAUUUCUCCCGUCAGAACAGCAAGAAGCUUUAUUCUGAUGUGUUUGUGGUUGGGGGAUAUAAUUGGCGUGUGCUUAUAUUUCCGAAGGGAAACAAUGUGGAACAUUUGUCCAUGUACCUAGAUGUGGCUGAUUCAGCGACCUUGCAGUAUGGUUGGAGUAGAUAUGCACAGUUCAGCUUGGCUGUGGUUAAUCAGAUGCACACCAAGUUCACAGUAAGAAAAGACACGCAGCACCAGUUCCAUGGAAGGGAAAACGAUUGGGGCUUCACCUCUUUCAUGCCUCUAAGUGAUCUAUAUGACCCCAGUAAAGGUUAUCUUGUGAAUGACACAUGUAUUAUUGAAGCUGAUGUUGCUGUACGUAAAGUGAUUGAUUAUUGGUCAUAUGACUCAAAGAAGGAGACUGGCUAUGUUGGACUUAAGAAUCAAGGAGCAACAUGCUACAUGAACUCUCUCCUUCAAACAUUGUACCAUAUUCCUUAUUUUAGAAAGGCUGUGUAUCAUAUGCCGACAACAGAAAAUGACAUGCCAUCAGGGAGCAUUCCUCUCGCUCUUCAAAGCUUAUUCUAUAAACUUCAGUACAAUGAAACAAGCGUUGCAACAAAAGAAUUGACGAAAUCUUUUGGGUGGGAUACAUAUGAUUCUUUCAUGCAACAUGAUGUUCAAGAACUUAAUCGGGUCUUGUGUGAAAAGCUUGAAGAUAAAAUGAAGGGGACAGUUGUGGAAGGUACAAUACAGAAGUUAUUUGAAGGACAUCAUAUGAAUUACAUUGAAUGCAUUAAUGUGGACUUCAAGUCAACUAGAAAAGAAUCAUUUUAUGAUCUUCAACUUGAUGUGAAAGGCUGUAAAGAUGUUUAUGCUUCUUUCGACAAAUAUGUUGAAGUGGAACGUCUUGAGGGUGACAAUAAAUACCAUGCUGAAGAACAUGGUUUGCAGGAUGCUAGGAAGGGGGUAUUGUUUAUUGACUUUCCGCCUGUUCUUCAACUUCAGCUAAAGCGAUUUGAAUAUGAUUUCACAAGGGAUACAAUGGUGAAGAUAAAUGAUCGUUAUGAAUUUCCACUAGAGCUUGAUCUUGAUAGGGAAGGUGGCAAGUAUCUAUCUCCUGACGCUGAUAAGAGUAUCCGCAACCUUUAUACCCUUCACAGUGUAUUGGUGCAUAGUGGUGGUGUGCAUGGCGGUCACUAUUAUGCAUACAUCAGGCCUACCUUAUCAGAUCAAUGGUUCAAGUUCGAUGAUGAAAGGGUAACAAAAGAAGAUUUGAAGAGGGCAUUAGAAGAGCAAUAUGGGGGCGAGGAGGAGCUUCCACAAACAAAUCCUGGCUACAAUAACACUCCGUUUAAAUUUACAAAGUACUCAAAUGCAUACAUGCUUGUGUACAUACGUGAGAGUGACAAAGAAAAGAUAAUCUGUGAUGUGGAUGAGAAAGAUGUCGCGGAACACCUUAGGUUGAGAUUGAAGAAAGAGCAAGAAGAAAAGGAAGACAAGAAAAGAUACAAAGCACAGGCUCAUCUCUACACUAUCAUAAAGGUUGCUCGUGAAGUUGAUCUGUUAGGACAGAUAGGAAAAGAUAUAUUUUUUGAUCUCGUUGACCAUGACAAAGUUCACAGUUUUCGUAUCCAGAAACAGUUGCCAUUUAACCUAUUCAAGGAGGAGGUGGCCAAAGAACUUGGCAUACCUGUUCAAUUCCAACGUUACUGGUUAUGGGCAAAAAGGCAGAACCAUACAUACCGUCCCAAUCGGCCUUUGACACCGCAGGAGGAAACACAAUCUGUUGGACAGUUAAGGGAGGCUUCCAAUAAAGCUACCAAUGCUGAACUGAAGUUGUUCUUGGAGAUAGAAAUUGGACCGGAUUUGAACCCCCUUCCGCCACCUGACAAAACCAAAGAUGAUAUACUUCUUUUCUUCAAGCUUUAUGACCCUGCAAAGGAAGAACUUUGUUUUGUUGGUAGGUCUUUUGUGAAGAGUUCUGGUAAGCCGAUUGAAAUCAUACCAAAGCUGAUUGAAAUGUCUGGCUUUAGUCCUGAUGAAGAACUUGAACUUUACGAGGAAAUAAAAUUUGAGCCAUCUGUCAUGUGUGAGCGUCUUGAUAAGCGUGCUUCAUUCAGAUCUAGUCAGAUUGAGGAUGGGGACAUCAUUUGCUUCCAGAAACUCCAUCAGGCUGUUGCUGUGGAUAAAUACCGAUAUCCCGAUCUUCCUUCAUUUUUUGAAUAUGUUAAAAAUCGCCAGGUAGUUAAUUUCCGAUCUCUGGACAGACCUAAAGAGGACGAUUUCUGUCUUGAAUUGUCAAAGCAACAUACAUAUGAUGAUGUAGUGGAGAGAGUGGCUCAGAAACUUGGUCUAGAUGAUCCAUCCAAAAUCAGACUUACUCCUCACAACUGUUACUCUCAACAACCCAAGCCCCACUUCAUUAAAUACAGAGCUGCAGAUCAUUUGCAAGACAUGCUAGCUCAUUACAAUCAGAUAUCAGAUAUUCUGUACUAUGAAGUGUUGGACAUCCCUCUCCCAGAGUUGCAGUGUCUGAAAACUCUGAAGGUUGUUUUUCAUCAUGCUACAAAGGAAGAGCCUGUUAUUCACCACAUCAGGUUGUCGAAACAGAGCACUGUUGGAGAUGUUCUCGAUGAAUUAAAGAAAAAGGUGGAAUUGUCACAUCCAGAUGCUGAACUGAGACUGAUUGAAGUAUUUUAUCAUAAAAUAUACAAGAUAUUUUCACUGAAUGAGAUAAUCGAGAAUAUAAAUGAUCAAUACUGGACAUUACGUGCGGAGGAAAUUCCGGAAGAAGAGAAAAAUCUGGGACCCCAAGAUCGGUUAAUUCAUGUUUACCAUUUCAUUAAAGAUACUGCACAGAAUCAGAUGCAAGUGCAAAACUUUGGAGACCCUUUCCUUCUUAUAAUUCACGAAGACGAAACUUUGGCAGAUGUGAAAGUUCGGAUUCAAAAGAAAUUACAAGUUCCCGAUGAUGAGUUUUCUAAGUGGAAGUUUGCAUUUUUAUCUCUUGGACGACCCGAGUAUCUUCAAGACACCGACGUCGUGUCUAGUCGUUUUCAGAGAAAAGAUGUUUAUGGUGCUUGGGAGCAUUACCUUGGGUUGGAACACCCGGAUACUUCCCCUAAGAGGCCAUACACCGCUAACCAGAACCGUCACACAUAUGAGAAGGCGGUUAAAAUAUAUAACUAGACAGAAGAACCCAUAAUGUAAAGUAUUUGCAGGUGGCCCAGUAUUUUGUUCGUCUUUUGAAUUGUGGGUGCUAUUCAUUUUUUACUCGGGUGGCGAAUGGGAGUCCCUCUCCUAGUUUUUUCUAAGAGCUGUCUACUCGGUUUUUUGUUUUGUUUUCUAAGUGUGAGUUCUCAUGGGUUAACUCUAAAGCAGUAGUACAUAACAAGAUUUUGGCGUAUGGGCGAACCUGAACUAGUGUAAAGAAGUGUUUUGACUUGAACAUUAUGAAAUUCUGCAGUGUAAAAAGUCGCAUACAUUUUACUUCUGGGCGCAGUUCUUAAUUUUUCUAGUAUAUCAAAGCUGUUAUCAACCUAA